AAAAAAGGAGAGAGAGGCAGACGGACAGAGGUAGAAAGAAAGAGAGACAGAGAGAGAAAGAGUGAGAAAGAGGGACAGAGAUAGAAAGAGAAUUGGCACUCACAGAGGGGGGCACUCACUGGCAGCGGUUCAGGCGACUCUAGUGGACACCUAAAGCGGGACUUACCGGUGUGUGUAUGUGUGUGUGAGCGGAGGGGAGUGCGAGAGAGAGAGGGUGAAGGGGUGAACGUGUGUGUGAGGAGUGUGCAUGUGUGUAUAUGUGGAGCGAGCGCACACACACGCGCGCACACACACACACGAACGGACGGUUGGACGGAACGUUGGCGCACAACAUGGCGAUGGUUCGCCGGGAGACUGGCCGGCUCUCCCCAGACUAGCGCCGCCGCGCUGAGCUGCUCUGCUCGGGGGGAAGCUGCGAGCGGAGGGGCGCUGCUCUCCUCUGGGCUCCACGGCGAGAGAGGAAAACGGGAAAAAGGGGCUCCACAUGGCGCUGAAGAAUAGCUGCUGGCUCUUCUGUCUCCUCCUCCUCUCGCUGGGCUGCUGUGGACUAUCCCCGCAAGAGAAUUCCGUGUCUGUGGAGCUGAGUUGCGGGGCCGGUCCUGUCCACGUGAUUUUGGAGCCCCCUGACCCUGUGCUGCUGGACUGCCACUUGGGGGCCACUGAAUAUCCACUUAACAUCACCUGGCUGCGGGACGGUGUGGUGCUGAGCAAGAGUGAAGCCGUCCAGCUUCUCCCCAACGGCUCUCUGUUGGUCUUGCCCGCCAGCCGCGACGUAGAAGGUGCCUACAGCUGCCUCAGCGGAAGCUCCUUCGGGGCUCUUACCAGCCGUACGGUCACUCUGCAGUUGGCCAGUCUUUCUCGUUUUCUUCAGGAUCCUGAGCCUCAGGUUGUUCCUGAGAGUAACACUGCCCGUUUUGAGUGCCAUGUAGAAGGUCUGCCCACCCCCAGUAUCACAUGGGAGAAAGACCAGGCACCAUUACCUGAACAGACAGAUCCAGACGAUGCACCGAGGUAUGUGACUCUGCCAAAUGGAGUGCUGCAGGUUUUGGGGGUCAGUAAAGAUGAUGAGGGUUUGUAUCGCUGUGUGGCGUCUAACUCCGCUCGCAAACGCUACAGCCAAGAAGCUUCACUCACGGUUACACCAGGUACGACAGAAGAGAGUGAGGUGGUAAUUACUGCUCCACCGCGAGACCUGACAGUGGUGCUGGGUCAACCAGCGGUGCUGGAGUGUAUGGCUCAGGGCCAGCCUAAGCCAUUUGUGUCCUGGAGUAGACAGGACGGGAAACCCAUCUCCACAGAUGUUGUCGUCUUAGCAACCAACCUGGUGAUUCCGGACACUCAGUCUCAGCAUGCAGGAGUGUACGUGUGCCGCGCCAACAAACCCAAAACCCGCGAGUUCGUCUCCGCCUCCGCCCACAUCCGCGUACUUGCUCCUCCUGUGAUCCUGCAGCCUCCGGAGUCGAGGGCUCUGUCUCGGGCGAAUACGGCUCGGUUUGUGUGUAAUAGUUCUGGUGACCCGGCUCCGGUUCUGCGCUGGCUGAAGAACGGAGAACCAGUGCAGUGGUCGGCUCGGGUGAAGACUCAGAGCCCCGGCGUUCUGCUCAUUAAUCAGCUGGGUCUGGAGGACGCCGGGUACUACCAGUGCAUCGCCUCUAACAGCCUGGGCACGGCCUGCGCAACCGCCAAGCUGCUGGUCAUCGUAAAACAGGGGCUGCCCAGCCCCCCGCAGCGCCUGCAGGCCACGCCCCACUCCAGCACCUCAGCACUGCUCACCUGGGAACCUCCUGAGAGCAACAGCGACCAGGUUAUCGGCUUCUCCAUCCACUAUCAGCGCGCCACAGGCUCUGAUAAUAUGGAGUAUCAGUUUGCAGUGAACAACGACACAACAGAGUUCCAUGUGAAGGAGCUGCAGCCUCACACUGCCUACACCUUUUACAUGGUGGCCUAUUCACCCAUGGGUGCCAGCCACCCAUCCCAGUCUGUCACUGUGGAGAUGCUGGAGGACGUGCCCAGUGCCUCACCACAGCUGUCUCUGCUCAGCACAUCUCCUACAGAGAUCAGGGUCAUGUGGCUGCCUCUCUCCUUGCAGCUGAGCCGCGGAGCCAUCACACGCUAUCGCAUCGACUAUCGCACACUAAAGCAAGAUGAGGACAUGUUUUCAGUGGAGGUAGGAGGGAACGAGACGCAGGCAACCCUGAAAGACCUAAAGCCCAACCACACUUACCAGCUACGGAUGGCCGCAGGAACACGAGCGGGGUUCAGCCAGCCGUCAGAGUGGGCCAUUCACCACACACCCAACCUCACUCAGGUGCUGUUCGCUCCUACUGAGCUUAAAGUCAGAGCAAAAAUGCGCUCCCUCCACGUCACAUGGCAGCCGCCACCCAAUCCCACCCAGAUCACCAGCUACAAACUGGCCUAUAGGGAGGUGGAAGCAGAGGAGCCGGCCAAUGAGGAGACUCCUGUGGCUGAUUCUCAUCAGAUCAGGCUCCGUAAACGAGUGAAGCAUUACGAAAUCACAGGCCUAGCUCCAGAUCGUCUGUAUGAGGUGAAGGUGUGGGCGUGUAAUAAACAGACUGAAGGAUAUCCAGCUGUAUGGAAGGGUCGGACAGAGAAGUUUACUGAUCCAGUGCGACUACCGGACUACCUCCCUCCUUUGCCCCCAAGCAGUGUGAAAGCACAGGCCAACAGCUCCACCUCCAUCUGGCUGCGGUGGGAGAAACCACCGUUCAGCAACGUACGCAUCAUCACCUACACCAUCCGCUGCAGCCCUGCUGGCACCCGCAACGCCUCCCUCGUCUCUUAUUAUACCAGCACUUCUCAGGAGAUCCUGUUGGGGGCACUGAAGCCCUUUACCCGCUAUGAGCUGGCUGUGCAGUCCAAUGGCAUCAAUAUGGGCGGCCCCUUUAGCAGCACAGUGGAGGAGUCCACACUAGCUGACCGACCCUCAUCUCCACCUACAGACCUGCAGCUGACUGCCAUAAACCCAUUCUCAGUGUUUGUGAGCUGGCGCCCCCCCUUGGAGCCCAACGGUAUAAUUGUGAGCUACAGAAUGCUCUACAGUGGAAACCUCAGCCAGCCUGAUUACCUGUGGAACAACCUCAGUCAUGAUGGAUCCAUCACAAGCACUGAGGUUCUGGGUUUGAUGAGUGGAACUUGCUACUACUUUAAGAUGGGGGCGUGCACCGAGGUGGGCGUAGGGCCUUUCUCCACCGUAAAGGAUGUGCACACGCCCCAAAAACCAUACGAGUUGGACAUUCCCGCAGUCACUGGGAUCAUCGUUGGAGUGUGUCUUGGGCUUCUCUGCAUCUUGCUCUGCAUGUGUGUCAGUUUUCGCAACGGAAAAAGCCGGGAGGCAUCUGGAGUUUUGGAGCAGAGUGCGCUGAGCUCCCAGUAUCGCAGGGGCGGUCACCCAGUGUCCACUGCCGUGUCUGACUGCACUGACUGCCAUGAGCUGGAGACCCUGAUGCCCCCCUUAAUCAGAGACCCCGCUCUUCCCCUGACCGAACCCAACGAGCAUCAAACCCUCAUGGGUAGUGGAGGUGCUGCUGAUGAUCCAGCAGAACCCAAGGUGACAUGGAACGGUUCAGUCCGCCGGGACUGGACCAACCGGAUCACGCGAUACAGAGACACGAUCACAGAGGACUCUCCUUCUCUCAUCAACGGAUCUCGGGACGUCUCAGCCAAUGAGAACAGCAAGAACGGUCAUGAGGAGCGACUGCAUUCGCUGGGCUCUUAUCGGGUGGAGGCAGAAGUCAUCGUGCACUCAGAGCUGUCUGAAGCAGUGGAUGGAGUUCAGAGUGACACUGAUCUCUCCUUCGGGUCUCCUGUCUCUCAAGCCCCCUCUAAUGGAGAGGAGGGUCCACCUCAGUCACCCACAACACACCCCGCCCCUUCUCUCUCCGCUCCAGAGACGCAGCCCUCAUCCCCACCCAUUUCCAACCACACCCAGGAGGUACUGUCGAAUCACAACGGACCACUGGAGAACAGUGGGCCGGUCCAGACGACUGUGGGAGGGGCCAAACUCGAAGGCACAAGCCUUACCAAUGGUUUCCAUUCUCCCGAGAGCUUGCGGCCCAGCCGGGAAAGCUUAGAGAACGGAGACCACAGACUCUGCCCCAAGAAGAAGGCUCUGUCCCAGCCUGGACUGCCCUCGUCCCCUCCUGCCUUCGCCACCCCUGGCCUUGUCCAGUCUACCUCAGGUGCACACGGCUACCUGUGCUCCUAAGCUCAAACGAAGGAAACAAACCACGUUCCCAGUAUUCCACUAACGAAGAUGGAACACUAGGGCGGACCCGCGUGAAGGCUGGUGCCUCAGCAGUGCCCCCCACCCCAUCAUGGAGAAUGCUUCGUUCUUCUCUGUGGGCCAAGUGUCUAUCUCUGGUCUAUUACAACUUUGUUCCAUUGUUUUUUAUGUGUGUACAUACAGAAUAUUUUUUUAGCUCUAGCAACCAUGGAUAUGCAUUUUCCUGCAUACCACUGGCACUUUUUUGGGGAAGGGAGGGGGUGUGCAUGUAUUGUAUGUAUUGAUUUGAUAUACAUAGUUACAUGCACACAUGAUUUUAUACAUAUACACUAUAUAUAUAUAUAAAUAUAUAAAUAUUGUAAAGUUGGAGUUUUCUUACUCUGAGGUGAAAGCAGAGGAUCCUGAGGUCAGGAUCAGUCCGUGUGUAAAGAGUAAGAGCGGAAUACACUGUUGAGUUGAAGGAAAACUCCUCCAUUUUUACAGUCUAUUCUUUUUUAUCUGCCACAUCUGUAGAACACGCUCAAUUACUAACAAUAAAUGAUAAAAAAAUAGUGUAAGAAUUCUAUUAUAAUUUAAAAAUAGAGGCUAAUGGGCAAAUUAUUUAUCUGACUUCUGAUUUAGGCACUUCCUUUAAACUGAUUUAUACCGUUCUUCUGCAUCCAGUCAAUGCAGUUUAUUUGGCGUACCCUGCAUAAGAUGACUAUGUUGUUGUGAGAAGAACAAGAUAAUACCUCACAACUAUUAUGAAGGUGAAGGCAUUCGCAUAGCUUCCUCCUGGGGUAACAAUUUACGAUCAAGUUACAAGUUACAUACUGCAAUUUAAAUGACGUCACAUAACUUUUCUCAUGGCUUGUCAGUGUGUAUGACAACUUACAGCUUACUUCAUUCUGAAGUUUUAAAGGGUGUUUCAGCCCUGAUUGAGGCACAAUACAGGACUGCCUGUAAGAACAGACAUAAGUGAAGGGAAUAAUUGUAUGAUCCAAAGACAUGAACAGUCUGAAAUUUUAAGGGUAGGUUAAUUUUAAGAAUGAGAGAUAGAAUAUCAGAACACCGUCCCUGUCAAGCACGGAGGUGGUAACAUUGUUUUGGGUAUGUUUUUCUGUUAAGGACUGCUUCACUGCAUAAAUGGCAGAAUUAAUGUGGUCAUGUACCUCAAAAUCCUGAGUGACAACCUGCUUCCCUCCGCCAGGACAUUAAAAAUGGUUCAUGGCUGUGUCUUCCAGCAUGACAAUGACCCCAGACGUGCAAAGAAAAUUUAUAGAGGUAGCUGAAGCUCAGAGUUGCCAAGCAACAGUUUCAAAACAGCUGUUCUUGCCAAAAAGGGUUUUGCCACCAAGUAUUAAGUAUUGUUUUCAAGAGGGAUCAAAUAUGUAUUUCUCUAUGCAAAAUGCAAAUAAAUUAAUAUAACUGUCACAGUUAAAAUUAAAAUACCCUUAAAACUAUAGACUGUUAAUGUUUUUGUCAGUGGGCAAAUUUACAAAAUAUGCAAGGGAUCAAAUAAUUAUUUCCUUCACUGUACAUAUUUAUGUCUUAAAUGCACAGUCAAUAAAACAAAAUAAAAUACAGUUUUUAACAAUUUAGAGUUUGGAGAGGUUAAAAAAAAUAAAAAGGGGCAGUUUUCAAGCAAUCCAGUAAACAUUUGCAAUAAAUCUGCACUGCAAUUGAGAAGCUGUGCCUAUCAGGGACCUAUAUGAGUAGGCCAACUGGGAACUGGAUACUUUGUCCAUGGGCUUUAUGUUGGCCCCACAUAUAGACAUCAGUGAUGGGAGCGAGAUUUAAGGUUUAAGAAUGAGCCAAUCAGGGUUAGACACUGUACAUUGAGCCUAGAUAGGACCCAUGAGUGAUCAAGUUGGUCUAUAAUGAUGGGGCCCAGUAACACCACCCAUGUUAACCCCACGUGAGCAUGUUGGUCGUGUAAAGAUCGAACAUAUGGUCACGCAAAAAUGGGGCCCUUUAAGAAGCAUCCAGCACACAUGAAUUACUUGCCCAUUGUCAUUGGUUGUACUCUACAGAUGUGGCUGAUAUAUACAGUACAUAUAGCUAUUAGACUGAAAUUCUGGAGUAUUCCUUUAAUUUAUCAAACUGAUCAGAGAUCAGUGCCUGAAAAGCAGCUGUAGACUUUCACUGAGAGAGCCCUCAAACCCUGCCACACUCUACAGCCUCCUGCUGUCUCAGGGUCAACACACACACUCACAUACAGACACACACACAAACAUGCUCCUGGACAGAUAGAUACUCUAGAUACUCUAGAAACGGUUUCUUCCUCUACUGUUAUUCACUGUUAGAUCAUUUGCUGCAUACAGUAUUUUUCGCACUAUAAGUUGCACUAUUAAUAAACAUCUAUUUUCUGGUCUAUUUUUAUAAAUAAGGCGCACUGGAUUAUAAGGCACUGUUUAUGCGACUCUAGUAAGGAACAGGGGUGUUACCGUUGUUUAGCGGUUAGAGGCUAACCGCUAGCGGGUAAUGGCAAUGCUGCUCCAGCAGUACUUACUGGUGUUAGCAGCAGGUUACAGGCCGAUAAUACUCACCUCUGAACUGCUAAAGAGCUAACGCUUAGUUAGCGGCUAAUGCUAAUAUUGCUGGAGAACUAAACUGAAAUUCCUGUAUAAUGCUGUACUUUAGUGGAGUGGCUUUACUGCUCCUUACAACCUGACUGGUAAAAUUCAUACAUAAGGCGCACUGACAAUUUUUGGGAAAAUUAAAGGAUUUUAAGUGUGUUCUGUAGUGUGAAAAAUACGGUAGUUCUUUUAUUAUUUUGUGACUGAUGCAUGCGCGCGCACACACACAAACACACAUCACUACAAAUAAAACACAUUCCCUGACAGGAGCUCUCAGGAGUUUUACGUUCCAGGCACAUUUCUAACCUCUGUGUAUUUAUAAUACAUUAUUAUAUAAAAUAAGAAUAAAAACGUGACAAAUUGAAAGGAUGGAAAUGGAAAGAAAAUGGAAGGAAAAAAGUGAAUGAAAACGAAGGAAAGGCAUACUGUACAUGUACUUUGAAACUUUUUGAAGUAUGAUUUGAUCUGUUGGAGGAUGUUUCUCUCCCAGGCACUACCUCAUUUGUUUAAAGGCUCUUUAUUUUCUGAUGAUUUAAUUGUCAUAAAUCAUUUCUCAUUCAGAGGGCAACUUCUUUUUCAAACUGGGUUUAUAAAGGAGUCUGUGUCAUGGUCUUUAGUACUAGCAGAAGACCAGAAGUCCUAUUCUGUCUUCUGUACAUUCUUGUGAAGGUUAUUGGGCACAGGAAGUGACCUGAUAUGUUUUAGUGUAUCUCUUACCAUGGAGUACGCUACCUAUACGCUGCCCGUGCGCUCGACUCUGCUCUGGAAAAACGAAGGGUCUAUUCUGAUUGAUCCCUUUUGCAAUAUCCUCAUUGUUGAGCAGAGUUUAGAUUGCAGUGGGAAAACUGUCACAGUCUUAACUCAGGCCUUUCUGUGGAUGUGUCCGUAAGCGUAGCGUUCAACGAACCGCAGGUACGUCUUUUAUUUUCUAGAUCGUUUCUAGAUCCUAAACUCGCUCAUUGUGUUUCUAGAUCCUUCUCUCACUCGUCUUUUCUCAGGGAACUCUGAGCAGGGAAGCUGUGCAGGGAAUCUGAGAAGAAAGCAAAUACGUCUGUCAAACUUUCAAACAAUAAAUGGCCUUUAGUUUCUUCAGCCAUAUUUCAUAGUUUCUUCCUUUAGCUGACUCAUCUGCCAAUGUUUCACUUCAAUUCUUCACAACAUAAACAGCAUUCAUUUUGCCAAUAAAAACAGGAUUUUGGUGUUUUUUCCUUUUUAUGCAUUUUAUACAGUUAUUUAAACAGCUUUAUUUUGAUAAAGAAAGUAAUUAUUCUUGCAGAAAUACUGACACAUUUGCCAUACUUCUGACUCUGAAUGAGUUUUAUGCCCAUUUUAUGCUGAUAUAAGAGCAGUUUGGACAGGUUUGUUUUCUGUUAUUGAUGUAAAGGUUCCUUACCAGUGUAAAAAAUGUAUCGUAAUGGAAACAAGUGGGGUUUUUCUAUGGUAGGGGUUCUUAACUUAACUUUAACCCAGAGGGUCCUGAUAUGGUCUCUGGAGGAUCUUAAGAGUGAUGCUGUACUUUGUAUGUGACCGGAAUUCUUAAAGCUUGUUUAAGUGCAGUUCAAAAAUUCAAAUAAUGAUAAACAACUAUACUAUAAACUAUAACCACCAUCUUUACUUAACUAAGCUUUUUUUUACUAAACUAGUUUCACUUUAAUAUGAAUAUAUUUGGCCAAGAUUAAUGUUCAGUGAUGGUGAACUCAUGCAUCUUGCAGCAGCACUGAACAGCACAAAACAUUUAGGGACCGUAAAAAAAAUACCACACAAAGUGUGUAAUAAAUACAUCUGUUAAAUUUUCUUCAAAUGCGACCUUGUGAUGUUAAACCAACAUUUUUUCAUUUUUGCACAUCACUGGGUCAUUUUUUUUUUUUUUUGAUAAAGUUAGUAAAAAGUUUUAUUUAUUCAGUACUGUAUUUUUUUAACUAUAAGGUGCACCGGAUUAAGACAUCAUGUUUCCCUUCUAAUGGGAAAGCUAUGGGAAAGUGCCUAAGUAAACAAAACUGUAAUUCAAACAAGCAAGUCAAACAAGUGCUGGAUGUUAAUCUACACAGAUUUCUUUCCUUAAAAACGUUUAUUUGGGUGAGUUAAGCACUUUUGUUUAUUUACAGUAAGCUCCAGUAUAUUUUCCAAGGGUGAGCGCUAGCCGCAGUUAGCAGCGCUAGUCAGCCCCGGUUUGCAGUGCUUAGCCUACCCCGGUUAGCAGCACUAGCCUACCUUGGUUAGCAGUGCUAGCCAGCCACAGUUAGCAGUGUUUAGCCUACCCCGGUUAGCAGCGCUACUCAGCUCUGGUUAGCAGUGCUUAGACUACCCCGGUUAGCAGCGCUAGCCAGCCCCGGUUAAUAGCGCUAGCCAGCCCCGGUUAGCAGCGCUAGCUAGCCCCUGUUCGCAGUGCUUAGCCUGUCCCGGUUAAUAGUGCUACCCAGCCCCGGUUAGCAGCGCUACCCAGCCACGGUUAGCAGCUUUAGCCAGCUCUGCUUAGCAGUGCUUGGCCAGCCCCAGUUAGCAGUGCUAGCCAGCCCCAGGGAAACAGCGCUAGCCAGCCCCAGUUAGCAGCACUAGCCAGCUCCAGUUAGCAGCACUACUCGGCUCCGGUUAGCAAUGCUAGCCAGCCAUGGUUAGCAGCGCAUAAUUUUUUAUGCAUACGAUGAUUUUAGAGAAAAUUAUAGAAUUUUAGUUGCGCCUUAUAGUCAUGCUCAUUUUCUACAGUCCCUAAAGUGCAGAUUUCAAAUAUAAUCAAAUAUAUGUCCAAAUAUAAUCAUAUAAAACUUGAAUAACAUUAACCCUAAAGAAGGGUUAGAAAGUAUGAAAGUUUAAGAACCCCUACUUUAUGGUUUCACUUAAAGAAUCAUUUGAGUGUUAACUGUUUCUUUAUAUGGUUUUAAAAUGGGUUAAUCCUCUGGGCUCAGCUCUCUCAUUGGCUAGAGCCAGUUAGUGCCAUUAUCCCUCAUCCAAAUCUGUCAGAUUUUGAGAUUUCUGGGGUUAGUUAGACUAGGUGUAGGUCCUAUCAAAUAAGAGACCCGGGCAGAGUCAGGUUUUAACACAAGCUCAAACUCAAGCAGCUGAUUGUCUUGUCACAUUGCCCCUGGUCCUUAAAAACACACCUUCUCAGAAGGGUUAGCUCGGUGCUACAGCUAGGUGAGGUGCUUUUCAGGAUGAUCUCUAAAGCAUUCCAGUUUCUCUCUGUUCAUCAGGGGCCUCUCAGGUUUCUCAUAUACUUAUACAAAAUGAAGCAAACUAAAUGUCUGCAUUAUCGGUGUCUCAAUAUCCUCACAGUCACUUAAUUACCACAUGGAGGUGUUUCAGUGGUGUCCAAUCAAAGACUUGACCUUGUUCUGUUAACACCAAUGUAUUUCAAUGUACAUUCAUUGUGGGCCUAACAUGUGAUGCUUAGUUAGGUCUACAAUGCAUUACAUGCACUACAUGUGUAAUCUGUAAUGUUUGUUUUUUUACAGUACAGUACAGUACAGUACAUUUUUCAGUAAAUUAAGGAUACACAUUAAAUUAGGAUACACAAGUUUAACUGUCAGCUUAUUUCCAGGCUAAGAGUGUUUUAACACCAGCACUAUUUGGUAUGGUUAAAACUGACUCUGGUUCAUUUGUACCCUUAGCGGGUUCAGAUUAAAACAACCGGACUCUGAGUUGUCCAGCAGGCUAAGCGCUGCCACUAUGAUCAGGAGAUCACCGGUUCAAAUCCUGUUCAUGACCCUUGCCAUCAGCUGCCAGAGCCCUGAGAGUGUACAAUUGGCUUUGCUCUCUCUCUGGGUGGGCAUGCUGGCUACUCGGCAAUGCUACGAAAAGAGGCAGUGGCUGACUUCACAUGUGUCUGAGGAGGCAUGUGCUAGUCUUCACUAUCUUGGUGUUGGGGCAUCACUAGAAAUAGGGGGAGUCCUUAUGAGUGGGUUGGUGUAAUUGAGCGUGUAAAUUGGGGGCAGUCUGGUUUGGUUUGGUUUGGUUUUACACAGGCACAAAUCUAAACGCAACCAAACGCACCCUAACAAACCAUGUGAGUACAUUGUCUCUUCUGAUUGGUCAGAGUUGUGUGGCAUGGAAGCAAGAAAAUACAAGUAAAUACAGCAAGGAGCUUCUGUGUUCCAGACCAGCAUGUAUAUUUUUCCAGUGUGAAGCUGCUUUAUCACUGAACAGUGAAACAUUUUAAUUUUUUUUUUUUUUUAGUGCACCUGAACAGCCAUUUAGCUCAAAUGUAUUUGAUAGUCGGUUUGGAUCAAGGUUGGAUCACGUUUUCACCGCAGAUGAACUUCUCCAGAUUUAGUUUGGUACCGGAUUGAGACCUCCUUUUUUUCGCUGGUUUCCUUAUGGUUGUUUCAAACCUGCUCAAAUGAACCAUGUUGAGGGUGCAAACAACAGACAAACAGACCAAUAGUGCUGGUGUAAAAAUUACCCUUAAAUGUCCUUUUCCACCCCAAAAUUUUGGGCAGUAUCGGGUAAAGUAGCCCAAAUCAGAUUUUCUCACCAAAUCCAAUGUUUAUUUUGGGCUGUUCUUUUUAUAAUGUGACCCAUGUCUGACAUUUGUCUGAGCAGCAUACCAAAAAUGUAAUUUUUUUGUUGUUAGUCCUCCAAACUGAGCUUUAAAAUCUUCUGAGAAACCAUCUUGCUAUAUUAUCUUAACCUGUAUUCUCAUGAUUUCUGUCUCUUUCUGUUCCGUCUUCUGCAGCAGAUCCAGAUAUUUAAUGAAACUGCUGUGUGAUAUGUUUUUUUUUUUUUUUGCCUUUUUUGUGUCAUUAUCUCUAGAAAAAAAGCAAACAAUGUUUGUAUUUCGUCUUGGUCAGUAGUUGCCUUUCUGUAUAUGGAUAUGCACAGUUGAUGGAAAAUCUUUCAGUACGGUAUCUUCUCUUUUUAUACAAGCUUAUACAGUAAAUAGAAUACCUCAUGUGUUACUUACUUGUUAAUUUAAGUGUAAUUGUCCUCACAACAAUGCACAUGUUCAGUUCCUGUUUAUAUGAAGGAUUUGUACAGUUUUAGCAGCUUGAAUAUAGUUUUCAAUAAACUUGGAAACCCCUUUUUGCAAGGUACAAUAUGAUACACAGAUGUUUGGUGGUAACAAGUGAUUUGUUUUGGAUUAUCUUGAAUGAAUAGUUUGGGAAAAAAAAUAUUUUUACACAAUUGCUUUCAUCUGGAAGUCAAAAAAUAUUUAUCAAAAAACUCAAAAUCAGGUCUGUUGUUUCUAAGGCAGAAAUGGGGAUUAUAGUAAAAAAAACAUUAUUUAAACAAUAUUAAUAUAAAACCUUCUCUUAAAGGUAAGGACUCUAGAGCUCUGAGUGGUCAAGCAGGCUAAGCACUGCCACUAUGGUCAGGAGAUCGCCAGUUCAAAUCCUGUUCAUGUAGCUUGCCAUCAGCUGCAGGAGCCCUGAGAGAGCACAACUGGUGAUAUUGAUCAACACAAGGCGUCUAUGAGCUGGUGUAUAGGAACCGAGUCUCUGCACUUUCCUCCGAGUUCGCUGUGAUG